UUUCUGCUCCAGCCAGCACAAGACAGAAGGAGGAAGGACCAGCACGGUGCUUAGCUCCUGAUUCUCAGCUGCUUCUCCCAACUAGCAGUGCCUAGGUGCUCCAACCUCACUGCAGUCUCAGCAGAGGAGCCAAAGGGAAGGCUUGGUGUGAGAAAAUGCCACGUUACUGCUGUCUCUGGCUGCCAGCAAUGACCUGGGUGCUGCUGCUGCUGACAACAGAAUUUCACCAAAGCUGGUGAGCCAGACUCCAACCGCUGUGACACCAUAGAGCAGCUGCAGCAGAGAGGAUGCCCAAAGAAUGAGAUUGAGUUUCCGGUCAAUGAAAUCACGAGGACACAGGACAGUGCACUGAGCAAUAAGAUACAGCUGACUCCCCAGGAGGUGCAUCUGAAGCUGAGGAUAAGUAUGAUUCCUGCAUUAUUGCUAAUAACCUUCUGCCCAUCCUCAGGCUCAGCUGGGUAGCAGCUGAAGCUGGCCAACAUUUGUUGCAUGUGCUUUCUACUCUUUCUUCAAAACUGAAUGGGCUGUUCACAAGAGAUCACCCUGCAGGGGACCUGAGGGGCCUCACAGGAGCUGAAAAGUCUUGAAGGAAAAGCUCCAGUGAAGAUGUGAGGGCAGGGGACACUUCAGGGGGGAUGAGAGUGGAGCCUGUAGCUGUGCUGGGGCAUGGUGGAAUGUCACAGGUUUCCUCCCCAUUUUCUCCCAAGGGACGAUCCCAGUGUGGGGUGGACAAUGAGGCAGGACAUGAUCGACAGCACAGUGGCUGAGCCUGGUGUCCCUAUCCCACAGGGGAGCCUGCUGAAUUUGACGUGAAGUUUCGCCGCGCCAUGGGGUACCCCAUUGAUAUCUACUACCUCAUGGACCUCUCCUAUUCCAUGCUGGAUGACCUAGAGAAUGUGAAGAAGCUGGGAGGAGAACUGCUUAGAGCCCUGGAGAGCACCACACCCUCUCGCCGCAUAGGUUUUGGCUCCUUUGUGGACAAGACAGUACUGCCUUUUGUCAACACACACCCUGAGAAGCUGCAGAACCCUUGCCCCAACAAGGACAGUAAUUGCCAGCCUCCCUUCGCCUUCAAGCACAUCCUCUCACUGACUGACAAUGCUGAGAAGUUUGAGAGUGAAGUGGGGAAGCAGUUCAUCUCAGGGAACCUGGAUGCCCCAGAAGGGGGGCUGGAUGCAAUGAUGCAGGCGGCGGUGUGUGGAGACUUGAUUGGCUGGCGCAAUGUGACUCGAUUGCUGGUGUACGCAACCGAUGAUGGCUUCCACUUUGCUGGUGAUGGCAAGCUCGGGGGCAUUUUGACCCCCAAUGAUGGCCAGUGUCACUUGGAGGACAACAUGUACAAAAAGAGCAAUGAGUUUGACUACCCCUCUGUCGGCCAGCUGGUCCAGAAACUUGCUGAAAACAACAUUCAGCCCAUUUUUGCUGUCACCAGCAAGAUGGUGGAUGUUUACAAAAAACUCAGUGAAAUGAUACCAAAGUCAGCAGUAGGGGAGCUGAAUGAGGACUCCAGCAACAUCAUUGAACUCAUCCAGGUGGCCUACAAUAACCUCUCCUCACGGAUCAUCCUGGACCACUCCACCCUGCCAGAUAUCCUGGAUGUCAAAUAUGACUCCAUCUGCAGUAACAACACAGGAGCCAAGAAUGAAGCAAGAGGGCAAUGUGACAAUGUUAAGAUCAAUGAUGAGGUCACCUUCAAAGUGAAGGUCACAGCAAAUGAGUGCAUCAAAAGCCAGUCCUUCACCAUCCGGCCACUGGGCUUCACAGACACGCUCACCGUGCACCUGGACAGCAUCUGUGAUUGUGAUUGCGGAGAGCAGCCUGACCCAACUGCCUGCAGUGGAAAUGGUGGAGUCAUCUGUGGGAUCUGCAGUUGCAAUUUGGGCUACACGGGGAAGAACUGUGAGUGCGACACCAAAGGCAAGACCAGCAAAGAGCUGGAGGGCAGCUGCCGGAAGGACAACAGCUCAGUCAUCUGCUCGGGGCUGGGGGACUGUGUGUGCGGGCAGUGUGUCUGCCACAGCAGCGACGUGCCUGACAAGGAUAUCUACGGCACUUUCUGCGAUUGCGACAACAUGAACUGCGAGUUUCACAAUGGUUCGCUGUGCGGUGGUGAGGAGCGUGGACACUGUGACUGUGGUGAGUGCAAGUGUACGCCCAAGUACGAGGGCAGUGCCUGCCAGUGCAAGAAGUCAACUGAUGGCUGUAGGAAUAGCCGGCAGAAUGAAUGCAGCCUGCGUGGCUCCUGCUACUGCAACCGCUGCCAGUGCCGGGGGGGCUACCAGCCCCCCUUCUGCGAGGAGUGCCCCGGCUGCCCCUCACCCUGUGGCAGGCACAUUUCCUGUGUCGAGUGCAAGUCCUUCAAGAGUGGGCCACUGAAGAAGAACUGCUCUGUGGCCUGUGCCAACAUCCAGCUGGCCGAAGAGCCACGGGCAGGGAGUCGGCAAUGCAAGGAGAAGGAUUCUGAGAACUGCUGGAUCUCGUUCUAUAUGGCCCAGGAUGAUGGGGAGGAAAUAUACACCGUCACUGUUGACCCUAAGAAAGAGUGCCCAGAGCCCCCGAACGUCGCGCUGAUCGUAGGUAGCACCAUUGCCGGCGUGGCUCUCAUUGGCCUGCUGCUCCUGCUGAUCUGGCGUCUCUUGACAGAGAUCUUUGACCGCCGAGAAUACCGCAGGUUCGAGAAGGAGAAAUCCAAGGCCAAGUGGAACGAAGCUGAUAAUCCCCUAUUCAAGAGUGCCACCACCACCGUCAUGAACCCCAGAUUUGAUGGGCAAUGAACCGGACUGAUGCCUGGAAGCACUAGGACCCACCACUAAAUAAGGAAACGCGAAGCUCAGGAAAUCUCAGGCUCCCACCUCUUCUUCUUUAUUGUGUUGUUUUUAACCCUUCUUCCAGGAGGCCACCAGUAGCCAGGUGCUGGCUGAGGGGCUGCAUAGUACCCAUCCCCUCUCACAGAGCUGUCUGGUGGCAUUGUGGGAGGAGGGAACAGCAGCGAUUUUGCCAUUGGCAGGGCUGGAAAGCAGAUCUUACCGACACGCACUCACCCCGGCUCCAUAUCAAUUUCCAUUUGUCCUAGCUCCUAGUGCUAACUUUGCUUUGUGGGAAGACCUUCAGACACCAAGUCUGCAGGCUUAGUGCAGAAAGUGCUCCCAGCGAGGAAUUCAGAACUGCUAUUUCCCUUUGGCUCCAGCAGGCUCCGCUCCUAGGCUGCUCCAUGUCCGCUAAACUGCUCUGCACAGUUACACUUGCAGUUGGUUCAUAAACUACUCCCUGCUGAGAUGGAUGAGGAGGGUCUCCCAGGUGGGCAGCCUGCUCCUGUUGCUGUACCUGGAAAUGAUGGACAGCCAGAAAACAAACAGUGAAUCUUAUUUCUAAAUCAUCAUCUGCUCCCCAGUUCUAAUUCCCUUUCAGACCUACCUCGGCUUCCGUGAGCUUGGCUUACCUCCACCAUGCAGCCCACUGCGUGACAAAGAAGCAAAGGGGCAGUAGACUGAACUGUGGAACAUUGGCAUCAGGGAUGUUGAACAUGUGAAAUAUUCAAUGUUUGAACAGCAUAAAUGUUGAACCACAGCUUCGUCUGCCACCUCUAGGACCAGAUCUCUUCCCUACUCUGCGAGUGGAUCAGACUUGCUGUGGACCAGCAAUGCAAAAGACCUGGCAUCACACAGAAAAUCUCCAGCUCAGUGCCUUUCCAAAUUCUGUGCAGCAGCUAUGGGCUCAUUCUUUUGAAAUACUUGUACAGUUCUGUAUUUGCUUCAAGUUUGGAAAUAAUUUGCAGAUUGUUUUACAUCCAAUCUCUGUUAGCUUUAUGAAUAUGUUUAAAGUUAAUAAAAAUUAAUAUAUUAAGUAAA